GCGGUCACAUCGCAUUUGGCCGUCGCGGCGAAGGGUUGUGUUUAAAACAUCUUCAAACAUUUUACGUGAUAUUGUUUUGCAAAUUAGUGUUCGAUUGAACAAAGUGAAGUUUGAGAACAGUAUUAGUGUGCCGUGAUUUUUAGUCAAUAUUCACAAUACAAAACGGAACGGAAUGCUGAGUUGCGCUUCCCCGGCCGGCAUGCCGCCCGGCCCCCACACGCAUACUCCCAACUGGGGCUCGCUUUUACAGCCUCCCACUAUUAAAUCCGAACCAAUGGAAGACGGCGGCUUUGCAAAGGAUCAAACCAGCGGAUUCUACUCGGAAGGCUUUCACAGCGCUUCCCCUUCCUCUUCGAGUAAGGAUUCAAACGGCCACUCGCCGCGCAGUGUGGGCAGCGUCGGCGAACCAAUGCCCUUCUACGAAAACAUGUCUCUCAAAGCCAAAGCUAAUCUCGGCAUGCAUCUAGGAUCAUAUCAAAAUGGGAUGCCCUACAGUCUUCUCACACCUCCUGGUUUCGAGGCGCGCAACAACGAGGAUCGCGGUCAUUCACCUGGAUACGAAACUUCUUAUUCCCCGAGAACAUUAGCACCGCCGGUCCAUGUGUCCACGCCGAUAUCGAGAGCCGACGCCACACCGCCUAAAUCACCACCUGGUUCACCAGAUAGAGAGCAGGAGGCGCGUUCAUACGAACGAUUCCAUGAUUCCGGGUUUGAUGGUAACCAGAAUAAGCCCGAAGUUGACGACGGACGUGAUGGAUCCGGUCUCGAUGACGACUUUGACGAAGAGCCCGGAUUGAGAAUCCCCGCGGUCAAUUCCCACGGAAAAGUAAAAACGUUCAAAUGUAAACAGUGCGAGUUCGUCGCUGUCACAAAACUAAGCUUUUGGGAGCACAGCAAGGAACACAUCAAGCCGGAGAAGAUGUUGAGUUGUCGUAAGUGUCCCUUCGUCACAGAGUAUAAGCACCACCUGGAGUAUCACAUGAGAAAUCAUCUUGGUUCGAAGCCAUUCCAGUGCACCCAAUGUUCCUACUCCUGCGUUAAUAAAUCAAUGCUCAACUCACAUUUAAAAUCUCAUUCUAACGUUUAUCAAUAUCGUUGCGCUGACUGCAACUACGCCACCAAAUACUGUCACUCGCUAAAACUUCAUCUACGCAAGUAUCAGCACAAUCCCGCUAUGGUUCUCAACUUAGACGGCACACCCAAUCCCCUGCCAAUAAUAGACGUUUACGGCACGCGGCGGGGACCGAAACAAAAGCCCUUGUCGAAAAUAUUCGAGCAAUCCGCUAUGAACAACAAUAACAAUCCCCAGCACAAUCAGGCGCCAUCGCAUCCCAUCUUCGGAGGUCAUUUUCCUGUCAAUCUGUCUCCUUACCUGCCGCCACUGCUACCUCAUUCGUUCUUAUUCCCACCGAACAAUAACUACGAACAGCGGACGUCACCCAUACCUGAAGCUGUUCCAGAAAAACGGCAAACGGUUUCACCUCAAUCUAUUCUCCAACAACGCCUAUCGUACGGGGAACGACCGUCAGGAAGCGGAGCUGUGUCACCGCCAGCUAAAUCACCGGCUAGUCUACCACCGACACCAACCGCCGCCCGCAGCACAACACCGGCACAAGCCAAUGACGCGCUCGAUCUGACGAACGCUAAGACCAGUGAAGCAGGUUCUCCGCCACCAGGCGAGCGGUCUAUGCCAUUGACACCCACUACAUCAUUGAAGAAUAGAAGAAAAGGUCGCGCGUUUAAAUUACAGCCGGCGGCGUUGCGUCUUCAACACGAAGACAAUAAGUUAGGUGACGAGGAAGUGUCCGGGUCGGAAUCUGAUGCGUCUGCAGACGUGCCUACCUCGUCAGCGUCAAGUACGUACUCGUGUCAGUACUGCGACAUUACUUUCGGCGAUCUAACGAUGCACACCAUCCACAUGGGUUUUCAUGGGUACAACGAUCCAUUUAUGUGUAACAAGUGCGGAGAACGCAGUGCCGACCGCGUUGCGUUCUUUAUUCACCUCGGCCGAGCGCAGCACGCCUAGCUCCUUACCAAACAUUUUUAUCCCUAGUCAACGCUUUCGAGUUCAAAAUAGCCACUAAAAGGAUAGGGUAAGUUUGAAUUGUAGCAUAAUUUUAGAAACUGAUGUCAGUUGUUAUAUUUAAAACCAAAGAGUCUCA